ACCUGGAGGCAGGAUGGUCUGAACGCACCUGUGCGCAGCUGUAAGGAAGCACAAACACCUGGAAACAGGUUUCCACCGUCGGCCGGCAGCCUCAGGGCUGAUCAGCUCCACAUCGCUGAGGUAACGCGGAAACGUUUCCCCUGGUGUAAAAGAGAGAAGAUGAAGAGUGAAGAAAGGAAAAAGCUCCUGAUGAAAAGUGACAUCUCAGUCCAGGUGAAGAGGGGCGGAGUCACAGAGACCAUCAGAGGAGCUCUGAGCAGACCGGCGGGACGCUCUCGCCUCAGCAGGAGGAAGCUCAGAGCUCACGUGGUGGAGGUGGGGCAGAGGAUGGUGGCGUUUGUAUCGGGGCUGCUGAUCGCGUCUCUGUACGGACUCAUGACUCUCCUCCUGCAGAAGCAGCCGCUGUGGUUCUGCGCCCAAACCACGCUGGGUUUGGCCGGUCUGGCAGCGUUCGGUAUGGGGCUGUCGGUCAGAGUCAGGGCCAGCAUCAUAGUGAUGCUGCCCUCCAUCUGCUCAGGUCAUGGCAGGAACUUCCUCCUCCUCAUGUUCGUGUCGCUGCUCGUGUCCGGUCCGCUCAGCAACACGUUGGAGAACACCGAGCGAGCCGCCUCCAGCCUGCUGUGUGGAGCUGAGCUGGCAGCCAAUCAAACGCAGGAACUGAUGCAGAAAGCAGCCACGCCACUUUUCUCCGUGUUGGACCACAUCAAGGAGAUCAGCAGAAACGCGUACGCCGUCGCGGGAAGAGUCCAGAACUUCAUCUACGCUAUGACAGACAGCAUCCGCCAUGUUGCUCGCACGCUGAGGAACGUCCUGCGCUUCCUGGCCGAUAUCGGGGACAUCUGUAACGAAAAGAUGGGAACUCCGUACAGGAAGUGCCGGUCACUGUUUGAGGAAGCUCGAAGCGACUGCUCUGAGCUGCUGGGCGACUUCAACUUCCUGUGCGACAUCGUGGACGGCUUCCUGCCGCUCUGCAACCUGGCCCGCGCUGGUGAGUUCUUCUGCGUCAUCCCUUCCUACAUCGCCGACCACCUGAGGAAACGCCUCGCGGCUCCUGUCAUCGCAGUGUUUCAGAAGAUGAAGCGUGAAUUUGAGUUCAACAUCUCCGCCUCACUGAACUUUGACCUGGAUGCUAACAGCAGCCAGUCUCUGCACCAGAUGUCUCAAAGCAUCAUGGCGGAGAUUUCAUCAGAACUUCAAGUGUUUCAGAAGCUGAGUGGACCGCUGGCAUACGUCGGCCUCGUCCUGCUCGCCUGCUCCUUCCUGAGGGCAGUGCAGUACAGACACAGGUACCUCCACGAUAUUAAAUUUGAUAACAUCUACAUCACUGCUCAGUUUAAAGACCUUGACCAAAGGGUGACCUCAGUAGGCGGAGCCUCUGUGUUUCCAAUCACACGCAGAGAGGCCAAGACCUACAUCACACCACUGUCGUUUCAGCUGACGUACAGAGAGCGGCGGGCGGUGAUGGCAGGCUUGGUUUCGGUUUUCAGACACCUGAUCGUAGGCAGCCUGUUGGUGACGCUGGACUUCCUGGUGUUCUGGAUUCUGGAUCAGGUGCACCACCAGGUGACGGAGGACAUCGUGGCCAGAGUUCCUGUCACGGUGGCGGUCCAGGUGAACGGGUCGGGUUACGCCUCCGACAUCUACAGAGACGUGGUGGCCUCGUUCAACAUCCUGCAGCGGGGAAACAUCACCGUGAUCAGCAAGAAGUGCCUGCUGGAGCCGUCAGAACCAAACUACAACACGUGCUUCAUCCUCGGCUUCCUGUUGGGUUUGGCUCUGCUUCUGUCUCUGACCAGCGGAUUCAUGCAGCGCUGCAGACGCCUCAUCUGUGCUUCAUAUCAUCCUGAGAGAGAGCAGGGGAGGAUCCGGUUCCUCCGCCAGCACAUCCUGGAUCAGAGGAGGGGGAUGCGCAGAGCCCUGAGGAGGUCUGUGGGCAGGAGCACAACCAACCAGAGAGGAGGAGGAAGAGGAGGAGGAGGAGGACGAGGAUGUCUCCAUGCUCUGCUGAUACGGUUACCUGGAGGAGGUCACCUGUCUCACCUGCUGGGCUUGUCAACACCUGCCUCCUGUCUGGUCUGUGGAGAGGUGCUGAGGCUGCAUGACCUGAGCGCAGUCAUCUGUGAUGCCCCGCACUGUUCAGGCGUGUACUGUCGGCCGUGCUUCCAGAGUUUGGGGAACACGUGUGUCAUCUGCGUACGACCUCUGACCUUCCAGGAAGACAGCGAGGACGAGCUAGACUCCACUGAUGAUGAGCGGCCCAGUUCGUCGUCGACCCCCCAGGCAAAGACGCAGAUAAAGAGGAGGAUCCCCACAGCGAGGCAGGAAAGUCCAAGUGACCGCUCGGGUAGGGAAGCAGGAGAGAGUCCCAGCAGUGAUGACAGUGUUUACCUGGACUCUGAACUCAGUGAAGCAGACAUGAUGUACCAGGACAAACCCGGGUCAGGCGAGUCCGACAGCGACUCCUUCAACUCUGCUCUCUCAGAACAUGAGACCCUCGUCUCAGUCGUCAUUCACGGACCCGAUCGUGCUCAAAACCUCCGGGACCUUCCAGAACCAUCGGAUUCUCUCCGGGCUCCGUCCCCUGGACCAUGAAGCUCAGCCAGAUGUUCUACUUUGUCAUUAAAGUUAUUAAAGCAAAUUUACACGUGAAAAA